AUGAAGCUCAGCAUCGUCCUCGCCAACCUGUCCCUCGUCCUCGGCUGCGCCACGCACGUCCGGCAAGCCUCCGGCCUCCCGCCCAUCGACCUGGGCAGCGACGCCCCCUCCGAUCCCGCGACGACCGGCUACUUCCUCAACCACGUCUCCCUCAACGUGCGCAACCUAAGCGCCAGCAUCGCCUUCUACACCGCCGCGCUCGGCAUGCGGCACGUCUUCACCGUGCGCGCCAGCCCGCGCCUGUCCAUCGCGUACCUCGGCCACGCGCAGGGCGGGCGCAACGGCACCGGCUACCAGAGCACCGCGGAGCUGCUGCGCGACAAGAACAACGCGCAGGGGCUGCUGGAGAUGCUGUGGCUGGACGUGCCGCGGCGGGACGUGGUGUCGCCGAGCGAGCGCGCCAACGGGGUCGGGCACCUCGGGGUGGUGGUGCCGGACGUGGAGGCGGCGCAGCGGCGGCUGGAGGGGGUUCUAGGAGGCGGCGCGAGGAUGUUGAAGAGGGUCGGGGAGGACACGCCGACGACGGGGCCGCUGGCGGUUUCGCAGGGGUUCGCGCCGGAGGUGUACGCGCAGCUGCCGGAGGCGGAGCGGCGAGGGAUCGAGGCGGUGCUCAACGAGAUCAACAGGCGGUUCAUCUACGUGCAGGACCCGGACGGCAACAUCUUGGAGAUUCAGCCGCAAGAUUAA